GUAUAUCGUUUUCUUUUUUUGUCUGAUGGGAUCGUGAAACUCGAAGAAGAUCGGAUCAAGGCUAGGGCUCUCUGGCACACGAACCCUAGACUGUAGAGCUCUCUCUAUCUCCAUUUUGCAGUAGUUCGUUGAGUACUCUCUUCCCGCAAAACGUCGACGUUUUUCGAUUCAAUUCUCAGAGUGUAUUUUUUCUCGCAGUUGUUUCUUGGCCUUGGAAGGCACCGAGAGAGAGAGAGAGAGAGAGGGAAAGAGAGGAGGGCUCGAGACGUUGAACCGAACGGAGUUCAGCGAAAUCCAAAAGGUAAACCCGAGUUUUUAUUUUUGGGGUUUUUGAGAAGGAGAGAGGAAAUGUCGUCACCGAACACACCUUGCGCGGCGUGCAAGUUGCAGAGGCGGAAGUGCACGCAGGAGUGCGUGUUCGCGCCGUAUUUUCCACCUGACCUGCCAGACAAGUUCGCGAACCUGCACAAGGUCUUUGGCGCCAGCAACGUGGCGAAGCUGCUCAACGAGCUCAACGCGUCGCAGCGCGAAGAAGCCGUGAACUCCCUGGCCUACGAGGCCGAUGCUCGCCUGCAGGACCCCGUCUACGGCUGCGUGGGCCUCAUCUCCCUUCUCCAGCACAGGCUCAGGCAGGUUCAGACCGAACUCGUCCAUGCCAAGAAGGAGCUUGCCACCUACAUUGGGCCUCAGGCCAUGCUCCCCAUUAUUCAACAACCCCAGGGGCAGGGGUUCAUCCCCCAACAACAAGUGCACCCGGGGAAUCCUUCGUCCUCUGUCGCGUUGUUACCGUACAACAUGUCGCCGAUGAUGGGCAUUCCCACUGGGGCUCCCACACAUGGUGGCCAAUUGGUGAUUCGCGAGCCACAGACCCAGCCUCAGCACCAGCACCAGCACCAGCACCACCAGAUAUUUGAGGCUCAGCAAUUGGCUGCGGCUGUGGCUGCGAGAGAGCAGCAGGAGAUUUUGCGGACAUAUGAGCAGCAACAACAACAGCAACAGCAGCUUGUGAGGUACAACAGUGGGUUCGGCCCGGCUGUGGCGGGUGGUUCGGUGACUGCGAGUGGGUUCAAUCAGAUGAAUGUUGGUGGUGAUGGUGGUGUUAUGUCGCCUUCGCUGGCUCUGGGCACGUUUGAAAACGCUUACCAGAUGCAACCAUACCAAGGGGAACAUCACGGCCAUCCUCACCACCAUCCUCUUCAGGCGCAGCUCUUGCUCCAACCAGUACAACAGCAACAGGGUCAGCAAACGCACCAAGCCCAGGCUCAGUCUAAGUCGGAAAGCGAGGAGGGUAGGGGUGUUGGUCCGUAAUGUUGAUCCCUUAUUUUGUUCUGAAGCUCUUUAACCUUCCCGCUUUUUCGUCAAACCAAUUUUCAUUCUAGCUCGAUCGAGAUGGGGACAGAGAGGGGUUCAAUCUAAGAUCCAAAGUCUGCCUUUUUUGGGGGGUUUCCAAGAAGACGACUUUCCAGGGAGGAUUCAGAUCCCAUGCAAUACCCUAUGGCCUAUGGCCUAUGGUGUUGCAUGGGAUCUGAAUCUUUCCUGGGAGAUACAUUUUAAAAUGUAGGAUCUGCAUUGGUCUUUGGGUACAGCUUCUUUAUUUUUAUUUUUAUUUUUCAGUAGUGAGGUACAUCCUUAUAAAAUGUAAAUCAGAAUUUGGGAAGCUUUUUAGCAUUUUUA